AUGGUGGAACAUGAAAAGUUCAGGCCAGGGACACGAGUGUUGGCAUACCAUGGUCCCUUGGUGUACGAGGCCAAAGUGCUUAAGGUCCACGAAAAAGGCAAGAUGUUCGUUGAGAUUGGAGAAGGCAAGAGUGAGCCACUCGAGAACAAUAAAAUCCCAAAGUUCUUGCUAGAUGGCGACGCAUAUUUCCUCCACUAUAAAGGAUGGAGUCUCAAAUGGGACGAGUGGGUGUCGACGGAAAGGGUGAUGGAGUUCAAUGACGACAACUUGGGGCUCUCGCGAGAACUACGAAAUGCCCGCAAGAAGGCUAUAGAGAAGAUGGAUCCAAGUCGAGAGAAGAAGGAAGAAGAGAUUACUACGCCGCAGAAGAAACGCAGAAAGAAAGAGUCGUCUGAAGGACCUCGUGGCGCUCUGAGUCAGCCCCCUCCUCUGGACGGAUAUACGGAACCCACCAAGAGCCGUAGAAGACGUGGUGAAGGGAGAUCCAACUACGAGGUGAUGAUGCCGCUCCAUCCCACCCUCAAGUGUGUUCUAGUGGACGAUUGGGAGUUCAUUACUAAAGACCACAAGCUAGUUGACCUCGACAAGACCACCAGCGUCAAGAAGAUCUUGGACACAUACUAUGCGGAGAAGAAGAAUAGUGACACGGCCACACCCGAGAUGUUACUGGUUACUCGUGAGGCGUUGGACGGUCUUUUAGUUUACUUUGACAAACUACUAAGCUUGAACUUGUUGUAUCGGUUCGAACGAUUACAGUACAGUGACCUAUUACGCGACAAGCCUGGGACACGGCCCUCUGAGGUUUAUGGAGUGGAGCACUUGCUUCGACUUCUCGUGAUUUUGCCAGGGCAAAUCUCCCAUACUGUCAUGGACGCUGUCAGCAUCAAUGUAUUGAUGGGCCAGAUGAAGGAACUUUUGGACUAUAUCGCAAAGAAUUUGCACCAACAGUGGAGUGCUUACAUGAAUGCCAAUCCUGGGUAUGAUCGUUUAGCUAAAAGCUAG